CCCACCCAGGCCCGCGGCCGCCCGGGUGUCCUCGCGCUGCUUGUCCGCGCGCCACCUGGCAGUUUGCCUCUUCCUCGUCCUCCAGCUUGCGUCCAUGGCCACCUCCGUCACCGAGGAGCCCUUCCCCUUCCACGGCCUCCUGCCCAAGAAAGAGACCGGGGCCGCCUCCUUCCUCUGUCGCUACCCGGAGUAUGACGGGCGGGGAGUGCUCAUCGCUAUCCUGGACACCGGGGUUGACCCCGGGGCACCGGGCAUGCAGGUUACAACUGAUGGAAAACCAAAAAUCAUUGACAUCAUUGACACAACAGGAAGUGGUGAUGUGAAUACCACUACAGUAGUAGAGCCAAAAGAUGGUGAAAUUAUUGGCCUUUCGGGAAGAGUGCUUAAGAUUCCUGAGAACUGGACAAAUCCCUCAGGCAGAUAUCACAUUGGCAUAAAAAAUGGCUAUGACUUCUAUCCAAAGGCUCUCAAGGAAAGGAUACAGAAAGAACGGAAGGAAAAAAUCUGGGACCCUGUUCACAGAGUGGCCCUGGCAGAAGCCUGUAGGAAACAGGAAGAAUUUGAUGUUGCCAACAGUUGCCCUUCGCAAGUCGGUGCUAGUGGUUUUUAUUUAAACAUUACCAUAGAACCAUCCAUAUACCACAGACUUCUUAGAGAAGCAAAUAAACUAAUCAAGGAGGAGCUUCAAAGCCAAGUGGAAUUACUAAAUUCUUUUGAGAAAAAAUAUAGUGAUCCUGGGCCUGUAUAUGACUGCUUGGUAUGGCAUGAUGGUGAAGCCUGGAGAGCCUGCAUUGAUUCGAAUGAGGAUGGGGAGUUGAGUAAAUCGACUGUGUUGAGAAACUAUAAAGAAGCCCAAGAAUAUGGCACUUUUGGCACAGCUGAGAUGUUGAAUUAUUCCGUUAAUAUAUAUGAUGAUGGAAACCUGCUCUCUAUUGUGACCAGCGGAGGUGCUCAUGGGACACACGUAGGUAGUAUAGCUGCUGGGCAUUUUCCCGAAGAGCCUGAACGGAACGGGGUAGCUCCUGGUGCCCAGAUUCUUUCAAUCAAGAUUGGCGAUACCAGACUGAGCACAAUGGAAACAGGCACAGGCCUUAUAAGGGCUAUGAUAGAAGUUAUAAAUCAUAAGUGUGAUCUUGUGAACUAUAGCUAUGGAGAAGCAACUCACUGGCCAAAUUCUGGGAGAAUUUGUGAAGUAAUUAAUGAAGCAGUGUGGAAGCAUAAUAUAAUUUAUGUUUCAAGUGCUGGAAAUAAUGGUCCAUGCCUUUCUACAGUUGGUUGUCCAGGUGGAACUACGUCAAGUGUAAUAGGUGUUGGUGCUUAUGUUUCUCCUGACAUGAUGGUUGCUGAGUAUUCUCUGAGAGAGAAAUUACCUGCAAAUCAAUAUACGUGGUCUUCUAGAGGCCCCAGUGCUGACGGGGCCCUUGGAGUGAGCAUCAGCGCACCGGGAGGAGCCAUUGCUUCUGUUCCUAACUGGACUUUGAGGGGAACUCAGCUAAUGAACGGGACAUCUAUGUCUUCUCCCAAUGCGUGUGGAGGCAUCGCCCUGAUACUUUCAGGUCUGAAAGCUAAUAAUGUUAACUACACAGUUCAUUCAGUCAGAAGAGCUCUAGAGAACACUGCAGUGAAGGCUGACAAUAUAGAAGUAUUUGCCCAAGGACAUGGUAUUAUUCAGGUUGAUAAAGCCUAUGACUACCUCGUUCAGAAUACGUCAUUCGCUAAUAAAUUAGGUUUUACUGUUACUGUUGGAAAUAACCGUGGCAUCUACCUCCGAGAUCCUGUCCAGGUGGCUGCACCUUCAGAUCAUGGUGUCGGCAUUGAACCUGUGUUUCCCGAAAAUACUGAAAACUCUGAAAAAAUAUCCCUUCAACUUCAUUUAGCUUUAACUUCAAAUUCAUCUUGGGUUCAGUGUCCCAGCCAUUUGGAACUCAUGAAUCAAUGUAGACACAUAAAUAUACGUGUGGAUCCCAGAGGCUUAAGAGAAGGAUUACAUUAUACAGAGGUGUGUGGCUAUGAUAUCGCAUCCCCUAAUGCAGGUCCUCUGUUCAGAGUUCCAAUCACUGCAGUUAUAGCAGCAAAAGUAAAUGAAUCAUCACAUUAUGAUCUAGCCUUUACAGAUGUCCAUUUUAAACCUGGUCAAAUUCGAAGACAUUUUAUUGAGGUUCCUGAGGGUGCAACAUGGGCUGAAGUUACUGUGUGUUCAUGUUCUUCUGAGGUGUCAGCCAAGUUUGUUCUUCACGCAGUACAGCUUGUGAAGCAAAGAGCAUAUCGAAGCCAUGAAUUCUAUAAGUUUUGUUCCCUUCCAGAAAAAGGAACAUUGACUGAAGCUUUUCCUGUCUUAAGUGGGAAAGCAAUUGAAUUUUGCAUUGCCCGUUGGUGGGCAAGUCUUAGUGAUGUCAAUAUUGAUUACACCAUUUCUUUCCAUGGGAUAGUGUGUACUGCUCCUCAGUUAAACAUUCAUGCAUCGGAAGGAAUCAACCGUUUUGAUGUUCAGUCCUCCUUGAAAUAUGAAGAUCUGGCUCCCUGCAUAACUUUGAAGAGCUGGGUCCAAACACUACGCCCACUUAGUGCAAAAACAAAACCUUUAGGAUCAAGAGAUGUUUUGCCAAAUAAUCGUCAACUUUAUGAGAUGAUCCUUACAUAUAACUUUCAUCAACCCAAGAGCGGGGAAGUAACGCCAAGCUGCCCACUACUUUGUGAAUUAUUAUAUGAAUCAGAAUUUGACAGCCAACUGUGGAUUAUAUUUGACCAAAAUAAAAGACAGAUGGGUUCGGGCGAUGCCUAUCCACAUCAGUAUUCCAUGAAACUGGAGAAAGGAGAUUAUACAGUUCGACUACAGAUUCGUCAUGAGCAAAUCAGUGAUUUGGAACGUCUUAAAGAUCUUCCAUUUAUUGUUUCUCAUAGGUUGUCUAAUACCUUGAGCUUAGAUAUUCACGAAAAUCAUAGCCUUGCACUUCUAGGAAAGAAGAAAUCAAGUAAUUUAACACUACCACCCAAAUAUAACCAGCCAUUCUUUGUUACUUCCUUACCUGAUGACAAAAUACCUAAAGGGGCAGGACCUGGAUGCUACCUUUCAGGAUCCUUAACAUUGUCCAAAACUGAACUUGGAAAGAAAGCUGGGCAGUCUGCAGCAAAACGACAAGGAAAAUUUAAAAAGGAUGUAAUUCCUGUUCAUUACUACCUAAUAUCUCCACCAACAAAGACCAAGAAUGGCAGCAAAGAUAAGGAAAAAGAUUCUGAAAAAGAGAAGGAUUUAAAAGAAGAGUUUACUGAAGCAUUAAGAGAUCUUAAAAUUCAGUGGAUGACAAAGCUGGAUUCUGGUGAUAUUUAUAAUGAAUUGAAAGAAACAUAUCCUAAUUAUCUUCCUCUGUACGUUGCUCGACUUCAUCAAUUGGAUGCUGAAAAGGAACGAAUGAAAAGACUUAAUGAAAUUGUUGAAGCUGCAAAUGCUGUUAUUUCUCAUAUAGAUCAAACGGCCCUAGCAGUUUAUAUUGCAAUGAAGACUGACCCCAGGCCCGAUGCAGCUCUUAUAAAAAAACUCAUUGUCUUCACAAGUAUCGGUCAUGAGUUGGACAAAAUGCCUCAAAUAAGCAAGCAUUCUAGAGACUACCACUGUUCCCUGGAGUGCAGUGACAUGGACAAACAAAAAUCCACCCUCGUAGAUGCCCUUUGUAGAAAAGGAUGUGCGCUGGCCGACCAUCUUCUUCACACACAGGAUGAAGAUGGGGCUGUGUCAAGCGACGCGGAAGGAAGAGAGGAGGAGGGAGAAAGUACUUUGGAUUCUCUGACAGAAACUUUUUGGGAAACUACAAAGUGGACUGAUCUUUUUGACAAUAAGGUUUUGACAUUUGCAUACAAGCAUGCAUUAGUAAAUAAAAUGUAUGGGAGAGGCCUUAAAUUUGCAACUAAACUUGUGGAAGAAAAACCAACAAAAGAAAACUGGAAAAAUUGUAUUCAACUGAUGAAGUUACUUGGAUGGACCCAUUGUGCAUCUUUUACUGAAAACUGGCUCCCUAUCAUGUAUCCUCCUGAUUAUUGUGUGUUCUAAAAUAGGAACCAAGAGUUUAAAUUUUAAAAAAGAAAGUUUUAUAGUGAAUGGAUACAAAAACAAAUUUGUGGCAUUUUUAGUCUAAUGCAUGUUUUCAUCCGCUAUCAAAUACUGAUUAUUAAAAUGCUGUGUAUUUAUCAGAGAACUUGCUGGCGUGUGGCUUCAUACAUGUAAUGUAGACCUCUGACAUCAUGGUGUUUUCUUAACACCUCACACUGCUGGACUGGGCGACGCCCCAACUGCCAGCACUAGGACUUUGAGUUGGGUUGCAGCUGUUACAUGCAUGAUUGGUUUUGAGCAGUACCUUUUAACUGCAAACCUGUAAAGUUCUAUUUUUUAUUUUAUAAAUGAACAGGGUUUUAACAUGCUCAACUUUAAUUUUUUCAGUUGUAUGAAGGCCUUAAAAAAGCUACAUUAAGCGUAGCUAAAAUUAUUUAUUGGACUGAAAAAGUAACAGAACUUCACUUCCAGAUUUUUUUUUUUAAACAUUUACAUUCAAUUAAGGGGAAAAAAAUUAAAGGGGCACAAAUGUGUGGCAAUUUCUGGAGCAUAACUGCCCCCAUAAAUCUUCAUCUUGGAGUUAUUUCAGGCCAAUUAUAUUUUAACGUCCUCUUGACAUGCAGAGAGCAUCAGAAUGAACUAAUAAUACAUGUAUAAGUGCCAGACAGCUAAAUCUUUAUCAGGUAUUUUAAAGAUACACAUAUGGUAUGUUUAUUAACGUUGAAAUAAUGUAAACACGUGAAUAAAUGUGCAAAACCAAGAUCACAAUACACCAUAUGCACUCUGAUACCUUAAUUGUUUUUGUUUUUUUUUAUAAAUAAUAAAAGUGAAUAUUGAAGCUUCUUAAA